AUGGUAGCCAACCUGUUACGCGCGUCGUUAGUAUUGUGGUACUUGCAGAGCGCCGAUGGUGCGUUCAUCGAUUUUUUCAACCAGUUGAACAACAACACAGCAAUAUCUCCUCCAGCCGCCUCGACCACCUCCACUGAGGCAGCUGAGAGUACUGGUAGCUCCUCUGUUGUGCCUGUGGUACCCAGUACCACGAAUUUAUACCCCGAGAGUACUACAGAGACCUCUUCGCAGACAUCUACGACCUCUAGCUCCUUUACUUGGGGCGAAUCACCUACUAGCUCACCAUCCACUGCAGAGUCAAGCUCGUAUACUUUCCCCUGGUUUGAUACUACAUCAUCAGGCAUACCAACUGUCUCUGGUGCGGAAUCCACGGGGAGAAGUACCUCAACCGCAAACCAGUGGACGGGCUCUACAGGGGACUCUACCACCUCUCAAAACUUUUUCGGGUUCACCCAUCAAGAUUCGUCAUCCACGGUUGCUGCAGAGACCUCUACUUCCCCUCAAGUCUACUCGAGUGAAAGUUACACUCCACGUUCGUCGGAACCUCUCACAAGAACUUUAUCUCCUCGUGUAAGUAUUUCGUCUGUUAAUACAUGGCGUUCCGAUACUUUUUCCUCCGAAGGUGUUACAGAGACUACAAGUUCUUCUGAAACGACUAGAGCGACAUCUUUUGAAACUCCAGCGGUAAGUGCUUCCACCGAUGCUAUUCAAGUUGGAUCAAACUCAUACCAAUAUACGUUUUCAACAGAUUCUAGUUCAUAUCAAUACAGACCUUCCACUGAUUCCGAUGCGAACCCAUCAUCGACCGAUUCUCCAUCAGUUCAAUACACACCUUCGAGCGAGUCCACUUCGUAUGUUUACACACCUUCGAGUGAGUCCACUGCGGUGGCCUCCACACCAUCCCGUGAUUCAACUUCGUAUGCUUACACAGCGUCAAGUGAUUCCAUUGCAGCGGCCCCCAUACCAUCCAGUGAUUCUACUUCGUAUGCUUACACAGCGUCAAGUGAUUCCAGUGUAGCGGCCUCCACAUCUGUGAGUGGUUCAACUUCGUAUGCUUACACGCCUUCGAGUGAGUCCACUUCGGUGGCCUCCACACCAUCAAGUGAGUCCACUUCGUAUGCUUACACACCUUCGAGUGAGUCCACUUCGUAUGCUUACACGCCUUCGAGUGAGUCCACUUCGGUGGCCUCCACACCAUCCAGUGAGUCCACUUCGUAUGCUUACACACCUUCGAGUGAGUCCACUUCGUAUGCUUACACACCUUCGAGUGAGUCCACUUCGUAUGCUUACACGCCUUCGAGUGAGUCCACUUCGGUGGCCUCCACACCAUCCAGUGAUUCAACUUCGUAUGCUUACACAGCGUCAAGUGAUUCCGCUUCUGAGACAUCCAUACCGCCCAGUGACUCUGUUUCGCUUGCCUCUGCACCAUCGAGUGGUUCCACCACUUCGUAUGCUUACACAGCUUCGAGUGAUUCAGCUUCGGAGGUAUCCACAGCUUCGAGCGAGUCCACUUCGGAUACUUACACACCUUCAAGUGUUUCCGUUUCAUCUACUCCAUUUCUAUAUCCCUCUUCAAGUGGUUCAAGUUCAUCUAGCUCAUACCUGUACACGCUUACUUCUUCGGCUGCUACCGCCCCUUCGUCGAUAUAUUCGUCUGAGUCAUCUACGACAAUUUCGGAGCCUACUUCAUAUCUAUUAUCAUCAAGCUCUGCUUGGACUGCUUCUCCUUCUUCACAGUAUGGUGCAAGUUCAUCGUCCGCACAAAGCUCCUCUACUCAAUACCUCGCUGUAUCAUCAUCAUCAAUGCAAUCUCCUUCCACCUCAUCGGUGAGCGCUACUUCUAAUUUGUAUCCAUCGACUUCAUCAACUGAAGAGUCAUUUGUUUCUUCCAGCCAAUAUCCAGUGUCGUCGACCGCUUCAAGCUCGGUAACUGUUUCAAGCCAAGCGUCAUCUGAGUUGGCUUUAUCAAGUUUAUCGACAGCUUCUACCACCAGCUACCCAUCCUCUUCUCAAAUACAGCAACUGACUUCUUACAGCUCAAGUUCAAGUUCACAGACAUCUUCAACAUAUUCUUCGGUAAGUUCUUCGCAGGUAAGUUCGUCGCAGGUCAGUUCAACUACGAGUGCAAGUUCAACAGGAGUGUACACGACCUCUACAUCCUCGGUGUCCAGCACUACCAGCACAAGCAAGUUGAUUACUUCCCAGAUAUCAAGUUCUUCUGUUCCAGUUUUCACCUCGAGCACAUCAAGAAGCACUUCUUCAGAUCAAUAUCCUUCCCAAAGAAGUUCCAAUUCGACCGUGCAAUAUGCAUCAUCCACUUCCGCAAUUGAGCCGCUAUCAAGUUCUGUUGUAGAACAGCCAACUGCCUCAUCCACAAUAGUGCAAAGUGUCUAUACAUCUCCAAUCGCUUCGCAAGCUCCGCAAGCUCUAUCAACUUAUAUGCCUACCCCUGAUUCUACAUCAUCUGAUAUACCUGCAGUAACAACACCAGCUUCUUCAACGCCUGCUGAAAUUCCUGUCUCCUCAACAGCGACGACAUCUUCACAUUCAGAGAGUAAUUGGUGGGUUCCAACAGAAAUCAUGACGCAAUCUACUACUGCAACCGCCACCGGAACUUCUAUUGCUACUGCGACAUUACCUCAAGCAAUAGCAGCAGCUACAGAGAUAGCUACGCCUGAUGGAUAUACCUUGAUAACGAUUGGUUUCAAAGAAGCAUUAAAUUAUAACUUUGUUGUCAAUAAUCCUGUUUCGUCAGCACAAAUCUUUGCCUUUUUACCUGAAAUCUUGAAUAAUCCAUUCAAUAAUCAAUUUGGAAAUAUCUCUAUUACAGAACUGGUGCCACUUCAUUCUAAUUCAAUGAAUUAUUUGGCUACAGUUGCAAAAGCUUAUUUCCCAACAUCCGAUAUUGAUGAGUUGAGUCGUAUGAUUUCUAAUAACUCAAGUCCAUUUUAUUCUUUGAACGAAGGUGCUGCUAAAUAUUUGGCCUACUUGGUAGAUCCUUCCAUACCUCUGACAGGUUUGUUAGGUAGAACGAUUUCCUCUGGUGUUUCUACAUCUAAUUCGACUUCGAACUCGAAUAAUAAUGCAGGUUCACUUGACUCAAAUUCAUACAACUACUUCAGGAAGUCUUCUAAUGGAUCAUCAAGUGACUCUGAUCAAAGCACUUUCAGUAGAGCUAAAAUAAUUGGCUUAGUUGUUGGUAUUGUUGUUGGAGUAUGUGUUUCGGUUGCCGCUAUGGUUAUUCUCACUAGACUUUACAUUAUAAGGCGCCAAAAAGCACAAGAUGUUAUUACUUUCCCUGACGAUUCGAGUAUGAGUGAUUCCAACAGUGACAAAGGAAGCUUUUCCAAUGAGAAAUUUCAACUUAAUGAUGCAGCUUCUAUUUCCCCUUCGAUGAGAAUUAACAACUGGAUGAAUGAAAGCCACUAUGAUGAUACUGCUGGUCCCGGUAUUCAAAUGGCCCAAGUUGGCAAAAGAUCUGUUUCUAUGCCAAAAAUUUCUCGACCAAUUGCUACUCAAAACUCUCUCGGGUGGAAUGAAAUUUGA